GGAAGGGAGGGGCAUUUAACGGUGGCGGCUGGUUCUGCGCCGGAUCUGAGAAAGGGGCCGGCGCCAUUGUGCUUCGCUGCGGACGACUCUGCCACGCUCAGAGGCCUGGGACUUGGAGGAAGAAGGCGGCGGUGUGGUCGCUGCCAGCACGUCGUGCCCUAUACGGUGGCAGCUCGGGAGCUGGGAAAUUGAGGAAUGGAGUCUAAACCUUCAAGGAUUCCAAGAAGAAUUUCUGUUCAGCCCUCCAGCUCCUUAAGUGCUAGGAUGAUGUCUGGAAGCAGAGGAAGUAGUUUAAAUGAUGCCUAUCACUCAAGAGACUCUUCAUUUAGACUGGAGUCUGAAUAUCAGUCUACAUCAGCAUCAGCAUCAGCAUCACCGUUUCAAUCUGCGUGGUAUAGUGAAUCUGAGAUAACUCAGGGAGCACGCUCAAGAUCACAGAAUCCACAACGGGAUCAUGAUUCAAAAAGACCUAAACUUUCCUGUACAAAUUGUACAUCUACCUCAGCUGGGAGAAAUGUUGGAAGUGGUUUAAAUGCAGUAUCAGAUUCUUCUUGGAGGCAUAAUCAAGUUCCCAGAUCUUCAUCAUUGGUACUUGGUUCAUUUGGAACAGACCUAAUGAGAGAGAGGAGAGAUUUGGACAGAAGAACAGAUUCCUCUGUUAGUAAUCUUAUGGAUUAUAGUCACCGAAGUGGUGAUUUCACAGCUUCAUCAUAUGUUCAAGACAGAGUUCCUUCUUCAUAUUCACAGGGAGCAAGACCAAAAGAGAACUCAUUGAGCACUUUACAGUUGAAUACAUCAUCCACAAGCCACCAGUUGCCUUCUGAACAUCAAACAAUACCAAGUUAUAGGGACUCCAGCAGAAAUUCUUUAAGGUCAAAUUUUUCUCCAAGAGAAUCAGAAUCUGUUCGAAGCAGUGCACAUCCUGGAUUUUCUUAUACUUCAAGCAGAGAUGAAACCCCAUCCAUAAGCAGUUCAGAAAGAGUUGGUUCAUCUCAAAGAUCAUUUCAAGAAUCUUCUGACAAUGAAGGUAGACGCACAACCAGAAGAUUGUUGUCACGUAUAGCUUCUAGCAUGUCAUCUACAUUUUUUUCACGAAGAUCUAGUCAGGAUUCCUUGAAUACAAGAUCCCUGAAUUCUGAAAAUUCUUACAUUUCUCCAAGAAUUCUAACAACUUCACAGUCUCGGAGUAAUGCAACAUCACCUUCUGAAGUUAAUGAUAAUAGGGGAUCUGAAGCUUCUCAAGGAUUUCGAUUUCUGAGGCGAAGAUGGGGUUUGUCAUCACUCAGCCAGAAUCAUAGCUCUGAGCCAGAUUCAGAAAAUUUUAGCCAGGAAUCUGAAGGUAGAAAUACAGGACCGUGGUUAUCUUCCUCCCUUAGAAAUAGAUGCACACCUUUGUUCUCUAGAAGGAGACGAGAGGGAAGAGAUGAAUCUUCAAGGACAACUACCUCUGACAUACCAUCUAGAUCUCAUAUUUUCAGAAGAGAAUCAAAUGAAGUAGUUCACCUUGAAGCACAGAGUGAUUCUCUUGGGGCUACUGCCAACAGACCACAAGCAGCUGGAGCAUCAAGCAGUGCCUCUACAGGUGGCUCCUCAUCAGAUUCUGCUCAAGGUGGAAGAAAUACAGGAAUAGCAGGGAUUCUUCCUGGUUCCUUAUUCCGAUUUGCAGUUCCCCCAGCACUUGGAAGUAAUUUGACCGACAACGUCAUGAUCACUGUAGAUAUUAUUCCUUCAGGAUGGAAUUCAGCUGAGGGAAAGAGUGAAAAAACUAAAAGUGCACCUUCAAGAGAUCCAGAGCGAUUACAGAAAAUAAAAGAGAGCCUUCUUUUAGAGGACUCUGAAGAAGAAGAAGGUGACUUAUGUAGAAUUUGUCAGAUGGCAGCUGCAUCUUCAUCUAAUUUGCUGAUAGAGCCAUGCAAGUGCACAGGAAGUUUACAGUAUGUCCACCAAGAGUGUAUGAAAAAGUGGUUACAGGCCAAAAUUAACUCUGGUUCUUCAUUAGAGGCUGUAACCACCUGUGAACUUUGUAAAGAGAAGUUGCAGCUUAACCUGGAGGAUUUUGAUAUUCAUGAACUACAUAGAGCUCAUGCAAAUGAACAAGCUGAGUAUGAGUUUAUCAGCUCUGGUCUCUACCUAGUUGUGUUAUUACACUUGUGUGAACAAAGCUUUUCUGAUAUGAUGGGAAAUACAAAUGAACCAAGCACACGUGUCCGAUUUAUUAACCUUGCAAGAACUCUUCAGGCACAUAUGGAAGAUCUCGAAACGGUAAUAAGCCAGAUUCUACUCAGCUUCAGAGGAUGAUUCUGAAGAAGAUGGAGACCAUAACAGAACAUUUGAUAUUGCCUAACUUCAGUUAAGACAAAUGGAUGAUCUGUGAACAAGUGUUUAUUAAAACUGGCAAUUAAGUAUGAAUUAAUUUUGUGGGGGGAAUGCCUAUUAAAUAUAUUGACUAUACGUAAAAUGAAUAUAUACAUAUACAUGUAUACAUGUACAUAUAUAUUCAUUCUCAAGUGUUGCUGAAUUAAAAUUCUGCUGGACCUUUUAACACUGGCCAGCAAAUUCAAUGUUUAUAAAAUUGGUAAUCAAAAGACUUUUUCUUUUAGGUGAGUGGAAAAGUAUUACCCUUGUUUUCAAUAUCUAAGCAGUGCCCAUCAACCCUUUUUUGUGUUCUGAAUAGUCAUAUUUAUGAGAAAAGGUUUGUGUUUUAGUCUCUUGUUAGUGAGAAAAGUGGAUCAAAAUAUGCUUUUAAAAUAAAAUGCCAAAUGGCACCUAGUUUUCCUUUUAAAAUGCCUUAAGUUGCAGUCAUAUUUUUAAUAAUCAUUUACUUCCAGUGUUUUGAAAAAAAAUUUUUUUAAGAAUGGGAAAGAGGUUAUGAAGAACAUUAUAUUAGGUUUCCAAAUUUAAUUUGAAUUCUAAUUCACUUAGCAAUAAAACCUAAUUUUAAAAAAAAGUAUAAGAGAUGUAGAAAUGAUGGAUAAAUUUUUGUAUUGAUUUUCAAAAUGCAUAUUAUAUUUGAUAGGCCAUAGUAUGUGUAGUAUUCCUUUUAGGAAUAUUAUAGCUAUAAAUUAUAUCAGAAUUGCCAGUCAAAUGAUAUUUGGUUUAAAAAAAAAAUUGUUACAAUCUCAAGUUAAUGGAAUAUUUUUAAAUCCCACAUUCAAAGUUUAAAACACUGGUUUUCAACGUGUUUUUUAGUGUUGUCACGUCUUUAUAGAUAAAUAUGAUAUAAAUAACCAAUUUGGAUCCUGGUCAUUUUUAACUGUUUCUUGGUAAUUCUGAGCAUUUAUUUGAUGAUUAAUAUUUUUCACUACCUUUGAAAUUCAAACAGAUGAACAUUACCUAUUCAACAUGAAUGGUCUACAGUGUGGUCAUGAGUUGUGUAUACUUCCAUAACAUUGUGUUUUUCCUCUGUCAACAACUUUAGGAUACACUUAAAACACCUUCAGGUGGUUUCAGAUUAAAUUCUGAUGUUAUGGCAACAAACUACUCUUUUAAAAUCUAAAUAGAAACCAUGUAAUUUCUCAAAUGUGAAAUGAACGGUUUGCCACACUUAGUUUGUUGGUCCUAUGUAAAACCUUGGCUUGAAAUAAAGUGCAUACUGAUUGAUUCU